AUGAGUGAGAAUGUAGUUGUAGACAUUUAUCUCUACCCUGUAAACAGUGGAACAACAGAUGGAUACGAUGAAAUAUAUUAUUCCACGGACGGUGAUGUCAAAAUUGUUAUAGAAACUGAUCCUCAGCUCCCUGGAUACAAGAGGGUUGUCCACACUCCAAAGAGAGGUGGAGCUACAAUCGGUGGUAUUUUGGAGGCAGGAGUAGCUACAAGAGAUUUUGACAACUCUAUUAAAACUUGCCACGCUAUAUCUGUCUACUAUUGGACGGGUGACUUGUCUUAUACAACUCAUCUUAUUGUACAAUUAGACGGAGGCUAUGGAAGAAGAUAUUAUGCCCCUAAUAGGAACGGGAUGAAUUGGAUAGACAAGACUACUGAAAUAGAAAGGAGCCUUAUACGUGCCCUAGAUAUGGAGAACUGCAACUGGAACAGAGCACACGUCUUAGAUGUCUUGGGAAAUAGAUUUCCCCCUUUUAAUUGCUACACUUGUUUUGACAACGUCGACAUUGAUACAGAAGUUUCGGAUGAGAGAAAUGGACAAUACAGAAGAGUCACAUACAGCUUAUCCGAUUUGAGUUACAUUGGUAGAUUUAUGGAGAAUGGCAGCAACAUUAUCGGAAUAGACAUUACAGAAGAAGUAUCUACAGUCUACAUCUACUGGCAUCCUUCUAUGGCGAAAGAUCCACUUCUCAUCCACAUUCCGUCCGAAGAGUACGAGGAUAGGGAGAUUUACGAUAGCGGCGCAUGGUACCAAAGGGUAUCCAGUCACGGUCACAGGUGGGAACAGGUCAAAGACAUAAGACUAGAAAGCAAGGAGAGUGUUUUUAAACUUAUCCAAACGAUAAGUAGAAUGGUAUCAAAUGCAGUAACAAAUGGAAUAAUGCAACCAAAAGUCCAGGCUAAUUUUCCCGAAAGCAAAAGGAGAAUAGGAUGGAAUAUCAAGCCAGGAAACGUCCCACGGCACCUUGACCUUGGGAUUCCUGCAGUUCAAGACCAAAGUAAACGACAAAACCUUCCCGCACAAAAGGUUCAUCCAAAAGCACCUGCACACCCCGAAAAGCGGGGAGGCGAAUAUAAGGAAAAGCUAGGGAGAGAAAAAUCAGUAAAACCUAGCGAGGGAGCCUCUUCAGGCACGAUUGUUGCAGUGAUCGGGAUUAGCAUAAUUGGAGUUGGCUUGUUGGUCUUUUUGAAGGUAAUAAUAGUUCCUAUAACAACACGUUCAAUAAGGAGGCGUUUAUGCCUCUUUUAA